UUAGCAUUCUCGAUGGCUGGCUCCAUUUGUAGCCCGUCUGGAGCUUAAUCUACGCAUAGCGUCGCCACCUAAACCUCGCUUCGCGUAACAACCCCCCAAGUGGUACGAGACGAGAUGUUGGACAAACUACUACUUAUACUGAGCCUCAGCACUGUUCUUUUCAAUCCCCACCCUUCUUCGCCCUUUGAUCUCCUGUAUUUCAGAACCCUGAACCCUUGCCCCCUCUCCCUCAUUCGUUUCUCAAGCUUCGCUCGGUGUCGUCGACCUAGGAUCUCUCACAUUGGACCCUGCCCCGGAUUUGACAUAUCAUCCUUGACCCAUCCACUACUUUGAAGCCGUCACCAUGCAUCUCUUGCGCUCUGUGGUUGCUAUCGCCUCCGUGGCCUUGCUUGCCAACGGACAGAAU